AAAAUGUCUGUUAAUGUCAUUUAAAUAAUUUAUAAAGAGGGAAACAAUGAGGUAAAAUCGUGGUUUUUAUUCAUUUGUAAACUUAAAGGCGACAGAAACAAGAGUUGUUGUAACGAUGGAUAUUUUCGAUGCACCCUACUAUAGAAUAAUGAAGAACUCUGCUAAAUUGAUAGGUCAAUGGCCCUAUCAGUCUCGUGAGAAAAGGAUAAUUAUUAUAAUUAUCGUUUGGGCGUUUUUCUUUAUGCAAUUUAUUCCACAAAUUAUAGCUAUUGUGAUGCACAUCGAUGAACCAGAUAUUCUAUUCGAAGCCUGUUCAAAUAUGGCAGUAGAUUUAUUGACGGCAAUAAAAUAUAUCAAUGCAAUUAGUAAAACAAAUCUGAUAAAAAAACUACACGAUAGAAUAAUAUCUGAUUGGAGGUUGAUGUUGAACGAUAAAGAAAAAAUAACACUGGAGAAGCACGCCAACCUCGGAUAUAUUUUUUCAUCUGGAUGGGCAGGAUUUGCAUAUAUGUCCGCGACUAUUUUUGUAUUGGAACCGGUUUUCCCGAGAAUUUUGAAUGUAUUCAUAAGCGUAAAUGAAACUGAUCCAUUUAAAUUGGCUCUUCCGUUGGAAUACAUUAUUAUUGACAGAGAGAAGCAUUACUGGAUAAUGUUGUUCGUUUCAACUAUAUUUGUUUAUAAUAUUAUAAUAGUUCUUGUUUCAUGUGACAUCAUGUACAUCACCUUUGUGCAACACGUUUGUGGAUUAUUCGCAGUUGUAGGAUGUCGACUAGAGAAUACACCAAUCGAUAAAAAUUAUUUGAAUGGUCACAAAAGAGGAGAUGAUUUGCCAAACUCAGACGAUCUUUCUUACAGGCAUUUGGUAUCUUGUAUAAGAAGCCAUAGGCGAGCUUUAGAAUAUGCGGAUCUUCUCGAAAGUGCUUAUUCUCUAAGUUUUGGAUUGGUAGUAGGAAUCAACCUGCCACUUAUAAGUAUCACCGGAUUUCAGAUUAUCACACAAUCUAAUACAGUAGAGCAGUUGUUAAAAUACGCAUCAUUUACGAUCUCCCAGAUAUUACAUCUCUUUUUUGAGUGUUUUAUGUCACAACGGUUGACAGACAUGAGCCUACAUAUGCAUCAUAGCAUAGCUAAAGUGAAAUGGUUCCAUAACUCAAUAAAGUCACGAAAAUUGUUAUUAAUAAUGAUGAUGAGAAGUCAAGUGCCCUGCAAAUUGACUGCUGCUAAAAUCAUGGAUUUGACUAUUGAAAAUUUCGCAGCGAUGGUAAAAACAUCUGGGUCUUACUUCACAAUGCUUUUGUCAAUUGGAUUAAAGUCAUAUGUAAACUUGAAGCCAUCAGAAACAGGAGAUAUUAUAACAAUGGAUAUUUUCGAUGAACCCUACUAUAGAGUAGUAAAAACCUCUUCUCAUUUGAUAGGUCAGUGGCCGUAUCAGUCUCCACAGAAAAAAGUGAUGAUAACAAUGAUCAUAUGGACUGCUUUCUUCAUGCAAUUUAUUCCACAAGUCAUAGCUAUUGUGAUGCAUCUCGAUGAUCCGGAUAUUCUAUUUGAAUCAUUUUCCUCGAUGGUAAUUGAUUUAGUGUUUAUUUUCAAGUAUUUCAAUGCAAUCUCUAAAGCACAUUUGAUGAAAAAACUAUACAAUAGAAUCGUAUCUGAUUGGAAGUCACUAUUAAAUGAUGAAGAAAAAAGUAGACUACAGCAUCAUACCAAUCUCGGUCGUCUUUUUUCAUCUGGAUAUGCAGGAUUUGCAUACAUGUCAGUGGUGAUUUUUAUAAUGGAACCGGUUUUUCCGAGGAUUAUAAAUGCAUUCAUAAAAACAAAUGAAACUGUUCCAUUUAAAUUAGCGCUUCCGUUAGAGUAUAUUAUUAUUGACAGAGAAAAACAUUACUGGUUAAUGUUAGCUAUUUCAAAUCUACUUGUUGUAAACAUUACAGUUGUUAUUAUUUCAUGUGACAUUACAUUUAUUACCUUUGUGCAACAUGUUUGUGGGUUAUUCGCAGUUGUAGGGUGUCGACUAGUGAAUACACCAAUUAAUAAAAAUUAUUCGGAAAGGCACAAAGGCGGGGAUUAUUUGUCAAACUCAAAGGAUAUUCCAUACAAACAUCUGGUAUCUUGUAUAAGAAGUCACAGGCGAGCUUUAGAAUUUGCGGAACUUCUCGAAAACGCUUAUUGUGUAAGUUUCGGAUUGACAAUCGGACUCAAUCUGCCAGUUAUAAGUGUCACCGGAUUCCAGAUUAUAACACAAUCUAAUACAAUCCAGCAGUUAUUGAAAUACGUAUCAUUUACAAUCACCGAGAUAUUACAUCUCUUUUUUGAAUGUUUUAUGUCACAACAGUUAACAGACAUGAGCUUACAAAUUCAAGACAGCAUAGCUCAAGUGAAAUGGUUCAAUAAUUCGAUAAAGUCACGGAAAUUGUUAAUAUUAAUGACAAUGAGAAGUCAAGUGCCCUGCAAAUUGACUGCUGCUAAAAUAAUGGAUUUAUCUAUUGAAAAUUUUGGAAUGAUGGUAAAAACAUCGGGGUCAUACUUCACGAUGCUUUUGUCAACGCGAUAACAAAUUUCAACAUUCUUCACUAUAUAGUAAAAACCAGUUUAAAAUAUACAUAUGUAGAAUUGAUUAAAAUCGGUUAUCAUGAAAAAAAUAGAUAUAUUUUCGUUCAUUCAUAUACAUGUAAGUUAUAUGUGGAUCAUUUUGUAUGUGUAUUUUUUUGCAGCUUAUAUGAUUAUAGAAUGAUAUACAUGGGUAAUAUAUGCUCAUACACCGAGAAAAAAAUAUAGCAACCUUUACUUAUUAUUAUUAUAAUUAUUAUUAUUAUUUAUGUCAUCUGUAUCAGUGUUGGUAUCAAUUUUUAUUUUAAAAAAAUCACUUGUUUUGACCGAGAUUCGAACCCUGAUCUCCCGCGCGUGAGUUCUUUCCUUAUACUGUCGGUCCGUUGUCUUCUUUAAACGGAAGUCUGAACUUGUAAUACAUAUUCGUAUACGCUAUUCCCACCAA